UCAUUUUGCAGAGACCGAGGGAUUCGAGGUCGGAGAUUUCCCGACGGUGAGUUUGAAUUCGGAAUUAGUGCGGAAGCUGGAGUCGGCGCUUGGGGUUUCGCUGGGAGGCUCGGUGACGGACAUGGCGGUGGUGAUAGCGACGACUUCAAUUGAGUUGAUAAUUGGGUUUUUGGUGGUGCUGUGGCGGAGAUCGUCUGAUAAGACCAGUCAGGUGGUGAAGCAGCUGGCAGUGCCGCUUAAGGAGGAGGAAGAUGAGUUUGAGGUUGCGUUGGGCAAGACUAGGGUGACUAUUUUCUCUGGGACUCAGACCGGCACCGCUGAAGAAGGAGCAAUGACAACUUGUAUACCAGCUGGAACUGGUAAACUGCAUUUCAGAGUAAGGGACUUCAACGCACAAGGCUGUAGAAAGGCUUCUUGGGUCACAUUUAGUGAGCUUUCAUGGUCGUGUGGGGUUUCAAAGUUCUUGCAAAUUCAGAGAUGUAACUCCUCCCAAUCUCCAAUUAAAAUGGCUGAGCCUCAUGAAAGUAAUACAAAUUAUGCUCAAGGUGGUGUUGGUGCUGUACUGUGCCCUUCAGAUUCUGUGGAGAGUCAUGUCCAGGACACCAUUGUAGCAGGAGCUUAUCUAUGUGAUGAGGAGACUGUCAGAGUAUGUUAUAGAACCAAUUGUAAACAGGAUUGGUGGAUCUGGUAUGGAUCUCAGAAGCAAAGCAAGGGUAAAUAA